UGGUCAAAGGGGAUGAUGAAGUGUUGCCCAGACUUUCUGAGGAAAGCUCGCAAAUUGGUAGGGUUUAUAGCCACAACAUCAGCGGCGGCAGCUUCACUCUCUUCCGCCACCUCUCCCAAGUUGUCUGCCGCAUCCGCCAUGGACGAUCUUAAAACCCUCAACACCCGUCUCUGCAUCAUCGGCAGCGGUCCUGCAGCCCACACCGCCGCCAUCUACGCCUCCCGGGCCCAGCUCCGUCCCAUCCUCUUCGAAGGCUGGAUGGCCAACGACAUUGCUCCAGGCGGCCAGCUCACCACCACCUCCGACGUUGAGAACUUCCCCGGUUUCCCUGAUGGUAUUAACGGUAAUGAAAUCAUGGAUCGCUGCCGCGCCCAGUCCCUCCGCUUCGGCACUGAGAUCUUCACUGAAACUGUCUCCAGGGUCGAUUUUUCGUCCACUCCCUUCAAAGUCUUCACCGAUUCCAAGACCGUCCUGGCCGAUGCCGUCAUCGUCGCCACCGGCGCCGUUGCCAAGCGCUUGCCCUUCCCCGGCUCCGGGGACGGCCCUGGUGGCUUCUGGAAUAGGGGGAUUUCCGCUUGUGCAGUCUGCGACGGUGCUGCCCCCAUUUUUAGGGACAAGCCACUGGUCGUGAUUGGCGGCGGAGACUCUGCCAUGGAAGAAGCCACCUUCCUCACCAAGUACGGGAGCAAGGUCUAUAUCAUUCACAGAAGGGACACGUUCAGGGCGUCAAAGAUCAUGCAGCAAAGGGCUUUGUCCAACCCUAAGAUUGAAGCCAUCUGGAAUUCGGUGGUGGUGGAAGCCCACGGAGAUGAAAAGGGAAGACUUUUAGGAGGUGUAAAGGUUAAGAACGUGGUGAGCGGAGAGGUUUCUGAUUUGAAGGUUUCGGGUCUCUUCUUUGCGAUUGGCCACGAACCCGCCACCAAGUUCUUGGAUGGGCAGCUGAAACUUGAUUCAGAUGGGUAUGUAGUGACGGAGCCAGGGACUACUAAAACCAGCACCCGUGGAGUUUUUGCUGCUGGAGACGUCCAAGACAAGAAGUACAGGCAGGCUGUGACUGCUGCUGGCACUGGGUGCAUGGCAGCAUUAGAUGCAGAGCAUUACCUGCAAGAGAUUGGAUCCCAGGAAGGUAAAAGUGAUUGACUACCAAGUAUCUGCCAGAGAUCAAAAUACAUUUCAUCAAAAGCAACUUCUAAUUUGUAGAAGGAAGAACAAGCUCUUGCAGUGAUCAUCCCUAGGUGGUUCUAGGGGAAUUAUAUUUGAAGUAUUUCAGUCAUUAUUCUAUUUCUUUUGUUAAAAUUUAUAAUGCCAUUUCAUGCAAAUCACAUGUGACUCUUCUUUAUGUUCAUGCUGUUGGUUAUAUGGCAAGAUAAUUGAAAUUUCAGACUCUUUGUUCAUUUACAAAUUUGGGAAAUGAUAUGGAUUUGAGAGCUUUGCUUAGA